AGCAAGUGGAAGAGACCUGGAUGAGGUUUAUUAUUUCAACGAAUGGAUACGUUGACUUGACCAGAAUUGGAGAAUCAAAGUGAAGAUGGAAGACAAUUCCUCGAAGCUCGGUUCGAUGCAGCACGAGACAGCCCAGGCGACAGACCACCUACCACAUAUCCCCGCGUCUCAGGUACAGGCUGCGGAUGGCAAGAAUGGAUCCAGACUCUGGAUCGUAAUCGAUGACAUUGUGUACGACGUGACCGAGUUCUGCCGGCGACACCCGGGGGGAGAAAUGCCGUUGAGACACUUUGCUGGCCAGUCGUGCUCUUGGCAAUUCCGUCAGAUCCAUGGUCCCCAGACGUUGGAAAGAUAUAGAGAACUACAAGUGGGACGGACAGAUGGCGUUCCGAAUCCGUAUGAGAAGCCAAAGCCCAAGUUUUCGCCCAGAUUGCUGUGGUCGCGUCUGUUUUGAGGAAUCUUACUGGUAGUGAAUAAAACACAUCUCUUAUGACUGUAAUUUGAU